AUGGACGAGCCCGGGGCGCGCUUGGACGCCUCCUGGCGCGCCCAGUACGAGAGGCUGGCGGUGGAGGCGGCUCUGAGCACCCUGCUGGCCGUCUUGCUUUACGCGGCCCUGAAGGUGAGCGUGGACGGCAUCCGCAAGUGGCGGGCGAAGGUCUCGGUGCUGGUGGUGGGUGCCGGCCCCGUGGGGCUGACGGCCGCGCUGGUCGCUGUCCGCUCGGGCAAGGUGCUGAAACUGAGGCUGCUCGACCAGCGCUCCCGCUCUGCGCUCCUCUGCAGACCCCAGCAGAUCGCCCUAGAGCCGCGCAGCGUCCGCUUCCUCCUGGGGCUGGGGGUGGACUUCGACAACAUGGAAGGCUGUUGGGACAAGGAGAGCUUCUUCACCAAGAUCGGGGUGUUCCAAGAACACCUGCUCAGCCUCCUGGAAUGGCACAAGCGGCGCCUGGACGUCUGCCUCUCGCUGGGCACGAAGUUUUCAGAUGAUUUUCUUAAAAAGAAUUUGGCCUCCAAUUGGCCCAAGAUAAUUAUCAUAGCUGAUGGAUCCUGUGGCGAAUCUAGCACAAUCCUUGGAAUCAGCCCAGACUACAUUGUAGAGUCCUGUAAUGCUUAUGGAGCCAACGCUGUCAUUGAGAGACCAGAUCAAAGACAGGUGCCAACUCCUGAGAUUCGUGCUCACAGCCUGUACUUUGAUCUCUCUGCUUAUGGCAUGGAUAUGACCACUAUGGGAAAGGAGCCUUCUAAACCUGGAUUCCAUCUGAAAAUCUAUGGAACCUUUCACAACCGCUACCUGGCUUUGGCCUGUCCAGCUUCUGAUUCCAAAAUUGUGAGGUUCUUACGCCACACAUGCAGUUCCUCAAUAAUGAAAAACAUCUUCCACCAGUCUUUCAACGCCUACAAGAUGGAUAUUGAGCCCAGAGUGAAUGAACUGAUGCUCCAUCACAUCCAGUGCAGCCACCGCAUCUUUGAGAUUAUGCUCUCCCACAGACGGGUCACUGCUGCUUUCAUUGAAGGAGAAAACACUGUUGUUAUUGUGGAAGGAGAAGCAGCCAGGGUGUUGAAUUUUGACACUGGCUGCGGAGUGAACCUUGGAUUGAGAGGCUUGGAAUCUAUGGAAGAAUUAAUCUAUAAGGUGGCCACUGCAGUGGAUCAGAAUGAUUUAUUCGAGGCACUGGCAGCUAAAAUCCGACACUCAAAACAAGUGGCAGAAGAUUUCAAGCAGAAUGGAUUGUUUGCUACCAUGUUUGAGUAA